CAAAAAUCCCAGGUUGCAACACCUCAUCAUUAUGGGGCCAUCAAGGCUCCGAAUUUUCCCAGUCGCACGAGGUUCUCGACUGAAUGUUACAGUCACGUCCAGUCGACAUGGAGCCGAGGUGGCCAAAAGCUGCCCAAGAUGCCGUCCAUGCACUGAACAACCUCAUUCCUGAACAUCUACGUCUCGGCCCCGAGUUCGUUGCACAGUACCCUGCGGGGUCUGAUGUCCGCGCUGCUGCCGCGGCCUCUGGAUUGUUGUCGCCAUUGGAGCUGGAGAUUACGGAUGUCGCAAACGACGCUACUUCGAUUCUCGAGCGCAUCCGACAGCGGGAUUGGACGGCGGUGCAGGUCACCCUUGCGUUCGCCAAACGAGCGGCCAUUGCCCAGCAACUGUUAUCGUGCCUGUGCGACUUCUUCCUUGAAGACGCUUUGAGGCGUGCGCGCGAGCUGGAUGAGUACCAGGAUAAGACGGGACGACUUGUCGGUCCGUUACACGGUCUCCCUAUCAGCAUCAAGGGACAUAUGGAUGUUGCGGGACGGAAAUCGAAUGCCGGUUUUUCGGGAGACCUUACUCACGAGGCUCCGCAGAAACAUGGCCUGAUGGCUCAGAUCCUCUACGAUGCCGGUGCCGUAUUCUAUGUGAAAACGAACUUACCUCAAUCCAUCAUGCAUCUGGAGACCUACUCUUUCUGGGGGCAGACGCUCAAUCCGUUCAACACGAGUCUGACUCCGGGUGGCAGCUCUGGUGGGUGCAGCGCUUUGAUUGCGUUUGGCGGCUCUCCGCUUGGAAUCGGCAGCGACAUCGGCGGGAGUCUGCGCUCCCCUGCAGCUGCUUGUGGGCUGUGGACGUUGAAGCCAACCGCUAUGCGAGUGCCCAGGGGAUCGGCGAGGAGCCCUGUACCAGGCUCGGACUCAAUCCAGGCUACGUAUGGUCCCUUAUGUCGCAGCCUCCGCGAUGUUGAUCUCUGGUUCAGCGUUGUGCUGGGGACUCAGCCCUGGCUCAGGGAGCAUAAUCUGGUUGCUAUGCCGUGGACUGUUCCCGAAAUGAAACGGCCUCUGCGCAUAGGCGUGAUGUGGAAUGAUGAGGUCGUGAAACCAAACCCUCAGAUUCGCCGAGCGCUCGAACUCAUGGUACGAGCUCUCGAGAAGGACCAAGAAAGCUUCCAAGUGGUCGACUACAAGCCAUUCAAGCAUGCUGAUAUUGUGGAACUAGCCCACGGGCUGUACUUCCCCGACGGAGGGGUCCAAGUCAGAGCGAGGGCUGCUGUCAAUGGAGAGCCUUUGCUCCCGCUGACUGAAUGGGUGCUCACACGCCCACGAGUCAAGUCGAACACGGUCAGCGAGCUCUGGCAGCUGCAUGUUGAGCGGGAUGGCCUUCGUGCCGCGUAUCUCGAGCAUUGGAACUCUCAAGGGGUCGACUUGGUCCUCUGUCCCGUCGGCCCUACUCCUGCUCCCGUUUUGGGAACCAGCAAGUACUUGGGGUACACCAGUGUCUGGAACCUUCUCGAUUAUCCGGCACUGGUGUUCCCCACAGGCCUGUACUGCGAUCGGAUCGAUGGGCCCAAUGGAAGAAGCGGUGGCCUCGAAUUUGCUCGGGCCCCGUUGUGCUUGCAAUUGGUGGGCCGACGCUUCGCCGACGAGAUGAUCGUGAGCGGGGCAAAACAAUUGACGAAGUUGCUGCCGGUAGUGCCAGAUGCUUGCUAAGCCUCCAGUCCUCACUUCCCCGGUUGCCUGGAAUUUCUCAGCCCCAACUUGACUGAUCAGGAUCGAAGGCCGCAAGAAUCGCUUCUGCCUUGGUACAUUGUAAUCGCACGGAAUAUCCUAAUGAGCAAUCUCCGCGCGAGAGCAGUUUCUAUUUAGGAACCCGAUUUCUCUGAGAAAUCUGUGCUAUGUCCUGUCCCGAGAACGUUCUUCAUGUGUACGUUGGCAAACGAGCGUAGGUUGCGCGCAGGGACCCAGGCCCGAUAUUAUGAAGACUAUGAAGAAUAAAUGACGGUGUCCUAUUGUAUGCAUAGUCCGAUUGAAGCACAAGGAAGUGCGG